AUGAAAAAUACAAACCGGAAUUUUAACCUUGAGUCUUACAAGGUGUUAUGUAACUCGAUAGCUAGCAAAAAGGAGCUAGUUAGAAAAGUUAGCAGAAGAAGAGACGAGAUGUCUCCAGUAUUACGGAAUCAGAUGUUUCAGACUAUUAUAAAGCUCAAGGGUGGUCACAACUACAAAAGAGCUUUCAGCCCCCAGAUAAUAAGAAAGAUGAGACCAGAAAGCCCUCAAUAUGAAAUUAAAUUCAGCCCUCAUGCUUCCUGGAAUCAGCAGAAGUCUAACUCAGCUCCUGAUAGCAAGCAUAGGAUAAAGAAUGGGUGGUACUAUAAUUUGAUAUCAAAAAUUCGUACUAAGAUGAAUAAAUCGGGCUUUAAAAACAGAAGAUUUAUAUCUCCCCACAUGCUUAGAAACAAAGCUGACCUACUUGCUAGUAGCAGAGUUCUGGAUGAUACACAGCUGAAAGGAACAACAAAAAUCGGUGAUUUUAAGAAAAGAAAACAUCCACAUAAACUUCCAAUUCUUAAACAGCUGACUUCUUUGGACGUAAUAAAAUUUGAUAUCUAAAUUAACUUAAUAACAACUAUUUUA